GCACCCGAACUAUAAAGAUAAACACCGCCAUACGCCACUCCUCGUAUCCGAUACAUACAAUAACGUCCUUUACUAAUCUUGUUCUUCUUUUCUUUAACCUCAAUUUGGAAGGUCUAUACCUUUCUUUCUUUAGUGCUUUCUAGGGUUUGGGUUUUAAGAAUCCUUAGAGAUGCAAUUCAUGGAUCCCACCAAGAAACGCAAGCUUGAUGAAAAUGGUAUUAUUUCAGCGGUAUCGGAACCUGACCCAAUCACCAAACUAACCCCACAAGAUGGCCGCAAGCUAAUCGAGCGAUUCACCGUCGAUCAACUCCUUGACAUCCUCCAAGACGCCGUUUGUCGUCACCUUGAUGUUCUUUCCGCCGCACGCUCUAUUGCCGAUCAAGAUCCAUCUCAAAGGAAGCUCUUCAUCCGUGGGUUGGGUUGGGAUACUACAACCGACGGCCUUCGUUCGCUUUUUUCGGUCUAUGGGGAACUCGAAGAGGCGGUUGUUAUCCUCGACAAGGCUACUGGGAAAUCCAAAGGGUAUGGAUUCGUUACCUUUAAGCACGUCGAUGGUGCUUUGCUUGCUCUUAAAGAACCCAGUAAGAAAAUCGACGGUAGAGUCACGGUGACUCAGCUGGCCGCAGCGGGGAAUUCGGGGACGAAUACUAACCCUGUGGAUGUUCAUAUGAGGAAGAUUUAUGUAGCCAAUGUGCCGUACGACAUGUCAGCGGAUAAGUUAUUGGGUCAUUUUGCACAGUAUGGGGAAAUUGAAGAGGGUCCUUUGGGCUUCGAUAAGCAGACCGGGAAAUCAAAGGGAUUUGCUCUUUUUGUUUAUAAGACGGCAGAAGGGGCUCAGUCGGCGUUGGUGGAGCCGGUGAAGAAUAUUGAUGGGAGACAAUUGAAUUGUAAGCUUGCUAUUGAAGGGAAAAAAGGGAAGCCAGGACAAGAUGGGAUGAUGCAAAGUGGAGUUGGGGCUCCAGGAAAUACAGAGAUGGGGGUUGGAGGACAUGGUGGAGGUUACGGUGGCCCUGUGGGGCCUGGUGGACCAGGUGGCAUGGGUGGUUAUGGUGGGUUUCCCGGUGGGUUGCAAGGGCCGCCCGGCCCAAUGGGUCAUCCUCAUCACUUGAAUUCUUCAGGAGUUGGGGUUGGGGCAUUGAGUGGGAGUGGAGGCGCCGCUGGUGGUGGUUAUGGUUCUGGCCUUAGUGGGCCGUAUGGUGGUUAUGGUGGACCAGGUUCAACUGGCUAUGGUGGGUUGACUGGUGCUGGUGCAGGGGUUGGUUUGAGUGGUGCAGCUGCAGGGUCUUCUUUAUAUAGAAUGCCACCAAACUCUGUUGGGAUGCCAUCUGGGGGAUAUCCGGAGACUGCUCAUUACAGCUUGUCUUCUGCAGCUGCUUUCCCCAGUCAGCAUCACCAAGGAGCUGGGACAUCCCCUGUGCCGAGAGUUCCACCUGGUGGAAUGUAUCCCAAUGGACCACCUUUCUACUGAGGUUUAUGACAGCUUGUUGGGCGCAGAUGCUUUUUGUGGUUCUGGUGAUUGCGUGAAUGCAAGACUAUAUAUACUCUGGCUUGAUGAAUGUAUUUGCUUGGCUCUUACAGCCACUUCUCUUGAUCUGCACCUUUAAGAUGUUUAUUUCUGAUUGCUGGUUAGCAAAACUUGUGACAUAGACUAGCUUUUCUAUGUUAGGAACUUCUGUUCCAGUGGCCCUUUUAAUCAUUAGUAUAGUUUUUUAAUAAUAAAAGUAGUGAGUUAAUGUUUUUUCCCCUAUUCUUGCCGGUAUCUACAGUUGCUACCACAUCUCCCUUACUUGGAAGUUUGUUUCUUUGUUGGUUGAUGUUGCUAUAAUUUUGACUUUUCUAUCUUGUACGCAUAUUCAAGUUGAAUGUAGUUCUUUAUUUUUCUAUAUAAAUUAUUUGGGGUGUAAUGAACCUACACUGGGAAGUUGUUACUAUGUUGUUAAAUAAAUGAUUUCUUUUAGCACUUAGCUAAACAAAGCCAUUUUCUAAUGUAAUUUAUUGUGUUCCUUAACUACUUUGAUGUACCCAGUAUAUCUAAAUGACAAAGUUUCCACCCUAAGAUGUCUUCAAGACUUUUGUGUUUGCAUUUUAUUAUUUAGUUGCAAGAGUUUUGGUUGCCUUCUUGUGAUACUUGCCUAUAUUCCUUUUAUUGAGGAGAGGUAAUUCUGGUUUCCUGAAUGUGUUCAAAUUUGUAGUGUACCCUCAAAACAUGGACCUUUUGAGUGGGUUCUUGUUUCACUGAAGAAUCUAAUAAUGUGAAAGUAGCAAGUACUUAUAAGUGUAUGUGCUGCUGCCAGUUUUUGAUGUUGUGGUGCUUGUAUAAUCUGUGGUUGUCAUUGGGUUCUGUUGGAUUUGUAACUGAGCACAUGCUGUGUACCAAUUUAUUGGUGACAAUGUAUCUCUUUCUCCCAUGAGCUGCAACUGUCUCUGGCAGUCAUCUUUGUUGGUUGACUUACUGUUUUGUGCACGGUGGAGUAAUGGACUGUUGUCUGUGCGGUUAAGUAUCUUGUAGGUUGUGCAGGAAACCAUUUGAAAGGCUAGUGUUUAGUUUCCCUUUAUCUUUCCUGGUGGUGGCAGUUCCUGCAGCUAAUAAUGAUAUUCUAUGCAUUAUGAAAUUUUUUUAGUCUACUUGCUGAAACCAAGGUCAAUAUCCUGUUGGAAUGGAGUUGUUCAUUCCAUGGAUCUAAAUAUGCCUUUCUCCCAGAAGAAAAUAUACGUUUCUAAUGGCUGUUUUUGGUUAAUGGAGUGAGACUAAGAAGGCUUUUCCCUAGUCUUUCCAUCGAGCUUCAGUUGGCAACUUUUCACAUUAAUGUAUGAUGAUAUUCUUGGAUGCAUAACAUGCAAGAUUUCUCUAUAGAUGAAUUUUUGAAAGAAUUUCCCUGUGUGAUAUGCUUGUGGUGGCUGAUUUUUAUACCUGCUCCUUUUAAAUUAUCUUGGCUUGUUUCUCUGAAGAGGGGUUCAUGUUAUGAAUGAUGCAUUUUGUUUUAAGGAGUUGGAAACCAUUUGAUCGUGAUUUGUUUUUGCUUGCCAAAUUUGCAGACUGAAUUGUGUCAAGUCUUUUAACCAUGAUAUUUGGAUACCCUGUUGACUUUAAAUAUCUUAUCCUAGAUACUAAAUUUGGCUUUUAUUGGAAAUUAGGAUUCUUUUCCAUGGUGUCAUUAUCUGAUGAAAAAUUAGGCAAUUUGAACUGACCAUUUACCUAGUUAUGUUGUCGCCCUCUUUCGAUAUUCUCAUUUAUCUAUCUAGGUUGCUUUCAAGAAUAUUUUUUCCCCAUUUUGAAGAAACAGGAGCAUAUAUUUUCACUUUGUUUGACUAUUGGCUAGGGGAGUUGAAUUGUCUAACAUCCUUUUAUGGUGUUGAGUGGAGAAUUGAUGCUCUGUUUUUAUGCUAACCGGCAUUGGUAUCUUCUUUGUUCUCUGCCCUUUUUUUGGCCAUUUCCUGUGGAACAACAUUGAGCAUAAACCAACCUCAAAGAUAAAGAUGGAAGGCCGGAUGAGGCUGCACCCCUAAGCACUCAAAUGAAGCAAGUAAUGCGCGCUCUCAAUACAAAAAGAAAACAUCAGCAACCAUCAGUCCCCAGGAGCCAAUCGAAGACCAGAUGAUAUUGCAACCCAACCUUGUGAUUGCUGGAGAGAAAGUGGUUAAGUGGUGGGCUCAUUGGUGAUGUAUUAGAGUGUACAGUUUUGUAUACCUAACCGGAGGAAGUUGUCAUGAAAUUUCCUUAACUCCACUCUUUGUAUAUCUUUGUCCUUAAUUUGAAGUUUCAGAGGAUCCAACAAAUGGUCUUAUCUUUUCAUUAGAAAGAUGUGAAGUAGCUUUUAUUCAAAGUGUAACCAACAAGUUCAAAGAGCAACUGGUUUAAGAAAUAUCUCAGGAUUUCAAUUGUGAUCGGUCUGAAUAGUUUUGAUAAAAUAAAAUUAAUAUAUAUUAAACAUAAAAAAGAAAUUAGUUCCAA